CGUGGCCGUGAGGAGCCACCGCCCGGGUCCGCCCGCCGCGCGUCCCGGCCAAUGGGAGCGGCGGUUGUUAGCGGGCCGGGAGGUGGCGGCGUUGCCACAGCAGCGGCGGGGCUGGAGCGGGCGGUUGGGCAGCGCCAUGGAGGGGCUAGAAGGUGAGGUUAUAGUGGAAACUGGAGAUCUGUUGCCCUGUAAGAUUUGUGGAAGGACUUUCUUUCCAGCGGCGCUGAAAAAACAUGGACCCAUUUGCCAAAAAACUUCUGCCAAGAAAAGGAAGACAUUUGAUUCCAGCCGACAGAGAGCAGAAGGAACUGACAUUCCCACAAUAAAACCUCUUAAGCCACCGCCAGAACCACCCAAAAAACCUUCCAAUUGGAGACGAAAGCAUGAGGAAUUUAUAGCAACUAUACGAGCAGCCAAAGGACUUAAUCUUAAAGACGGUGGAAAACUCCCUCCACCACCUCCACCAUCAUAUGACCCUGAUUACAUUCAGUGUCCAUAUUGUCAGAGGAGGUUUAAUGAAAAUGCAGCUGACAGACACAUCAAUUUCUGUAAGGAACAAGCAGCACGUAUUACUAAUAAGGGAAAAUUGGCAGCUGAUACCAAAGGGAAGCUUCCUACUCGAACACAGUGCAAACCUGCUGCAGUUAAGAAGAUGCCUUCUGUAGGAUCAGUGCCACCAUCAUCAUCACGCUUACCACAGCCAAGUGGUGUUAGCAAAACGGUUGUAGGUGCCUCUUCAAAUAAAGCACCAUCUUCAUCUGGAUCCAGUGGGAGCAAAAUUCAGACAUUAUCACCAGCUCACAAAAACUCAUUGGGACCAGGGAGCCCACAAGCAGGUAGUAAGAUGGACAAGUUAGGCCCACCACUGCGAACUGGAAGAGAUGUGCAAAGGUUUUAUGACACUGACACAAAAACAGGCAGUACCAUCAAAAGACCAAAUGAGUUGUUGCCUAUUAAGAAGGGCACAACAAAAACACGGACAUCAACCCCUCCUAGUGUGGCAAGAACCAUGAGCACAGGUGCUCUAACAAACAAAAGAAAAACUAGCAAUUCAGAUUCAAGGUCUGACGGUAAAAUGGGGUAUGACAGUGGAGACCACUCAGUCAAUGGAGGAAGUUCAAAAAGCAGUGAAGGAAAUUCAGCUGUACAUUUAUCCAAGUUCUGCCAUGAAUGUGGAACAAGGUAUCCAGUGGAAUGGGCGAAAUUUUGCUGUGAGUGUGGAAUUCGAAGAAUGGUUGUGUGAACAUAUUCUUAAAAGCAAAAAGAAAAAGAGAAAUCAGAGGCAUCUGCUAUGUACUGCUGCAUGGAAAGCUAGAGCACUCCGUCCAGUUAGACUUCAUGCUGCAAAUGUGUUGAAACAUCACAUUGUAAUUUUCUGAGUGCAAUCUUCUGGUUACACAGUUAUUUAUAAACAAAUAUAUAUACUGUAUAUAAAAAUAGCAAGUACCUAAAACUGUGCCAUUCAAGGAAAUACUCUUUAAUCCCUGUUAGAAAUAUAUAAAAUUAAGGUAAAAAUGUGAUAAGUAACUUAGGUAGCAGAAGUGGUUUAAUGUAAUUUUUCUUGUAAAUCCUACUAGGUAAAGGAUUAUUUAAAUGACCUAUGUAGGAUAAUACCCAUGUGUAACUAGCCAUGAAGAACUUGGGCUUCAAAAGUUUCUCUGUGAAAGCAUUUCCUUCAUAUGUGACAGUAACUUAAAUGCCGUGUUGUAAGUGAAAACAACAUGAGCAACUCCUUAUAAAUUCCUAGUUAAAAGUGCAAAAAGUCUGGAUUCUUUUAAACUCUUUAACAGUGAUAUCCCAAUUGGACUUUCUAGUAACAUCCUAGGGUUUUAUUUAAAGAAUUUAAGUGGAAAAACUACCUGAGAACUUUAUUCACAUGUAAGAUGAAACACAAUCUUUUUUUGUGGUUUUCCAUGUUCUGUUUUCCAAAGAGAAUGUUAAUAUUUGUAUGUAUUUGUAAGGACAAAUAUGGUAUCGUCUUUUUACUAAGUUCCUUUUGUUCAGAAAUACUUGUCUUCUUCCUCCUGUGUUCCACUAUGAUUAGCAUCUACAACUUCGGUGCUUUUUGUCUUCAAAGGUUUCCAAAGGUCCUGCUCCUCUUUUCUCCUCCCUCAUUUCCUGAAGGAGAGGCAAAGUCUCUGCUUAUCCUACCUAAAUAUUGAACUCUUCUUUUGAAAACAGCCUUCUUGAUGUAUCCAAUACAAAAAAAAAAAAAUAGAGUCCCAUUAAAAUGUAGGUUAUUAGGACAGUAGAACUUGAUGUACAUAGUGACUUUUUUUAUUCUUAUUCCUGUGCAAAUAGCACAGCUCAUAUGUGAGUGCAUAAUGGAGUAACUGUGCUCCACAGGUUUAUAUGUUAAUACCUUACAUGGGUUUUUUUGCAGUCUUGUCCAUUCUUGGGCUCUGAAGAGCAGUCUCUUAAAGUUAGUGACAGACUUUGUAUUAAUUUGUUGAGAAGAAGGGUCAGGCCCUGGAAGAAGUUGUUGUGUUUUUUUUUUCUAAAUUACACAGGAUAUUAAAACCAUUCACAAGCCAAAUCACUUGUAUCUGAAUGUAGUAAUUUGUUUUGUGAAGUUUUGCUUUGAAAUGCUGGCACCAUCUUAUGCUUGAAAGAGCAAUCUGAAAGAACUUAAUUGUGCCUUUCCCACAAUAAAUACACUCGUUUUGUCAGAAAUGGUUACUUUCAGGUCACAAACACCGUUAGUAUAAAUUUAUAUAAUUCCUUUCUAGCUUAUACAAAAAAUAACGUAGUGUUUCAUUAUAGCAGUAUGAUCAUUGUUUGCAUUUUCAAAACCUGUGAUCACCAUCAAUGGGGGCCAAUUUUGAAGAAAGUGUGAUUGAAGAAAAGCAUCUCCAAAGCAGGUACCGGUCUUGGAGGGUGGAGAGAUUUAAGAGACUUGAUGUGGUCAUGUUGCAGGCCAUAAGCUAUUGAUGUUUUAGAAUUAGUUCAAUGAUGUUGAAUUGUCUGACACUUUUUAUACAAAGAGAUUUUGAGAAAUUAUCCUUCAUUCAGGAUAGUCUUGUUUUAUUAUGUUUUGUGUAAGGUGGCUACUGAGCAUGGUAGGAUGGAUGACUGGUAACAAUAGUUAGAACUGACAAAUCUUAGCCAAAUUAUCUUCUAGUAGUUUAGGUUCUAGGAUCCAUAUUUUGGCACAUUCAUAUCUGUACUUGGAAAAGCUGGAAUCCUGUGUCCUUUGCAUAGAUAAGCCUGCUUUAGAAAAUUUGCCCUGGGCUUGGGUCAUGGAGGUCUGCAGACUGAAUUAUUGCAAGCUGCACGUUCAUCAGCAAAGAUCCAAGUCCAGAAUAGGUUUGAGUUAGUGAGGAAUCAAUUCCUUUGUCUGGCUCAAUGAAUUUCCAGUUCUUGUUUCUGCUGGAAAAAUGCAGCUUACCAUUUAGUGAAAAUGCUUUCUACAAAGAGAAGGUUUAGUAAGGAAAUAAAUACCUUCCAGGAUUUUGAGGAUUACCGUAACUGUAUAAAAAACAGUGACUGUUUCUUCUUUGAGUUGUAGGUGGCAGGUUUCCUAGUUUUAAAUUAAUCCACAUGCAGUUACCUUAGUUUCUGCUUUUUGAGCUGUUUGUGUAACUGUUUGCUUCCAAUGCAGCAUUUAGUAAAUUACUCGAGUCACACAUUUACUUAAUUUACAGUUCUUUGAUUUAUAGCAAGGACUAGACAAGGGAUUAACCUGAACUAAAGAGUUUUAAAAAGAUUUCCUGACCUUUCAAUUUGCCAUUACAAGAAGGUCUAGUGAAACAUAAAUGAUUGUUGAUAGUAACAUUGGGUAAUGUGUGUUUAAACCUACAAUAACUAUAACCAGACAAUGGAAAUAUAAUUGGCUGUGCAGUUUACCACUGUAUAGUGAGACUAUCAGAGGCCUAAUAUGUUUCCAUUUCAUCAACUGGUUUUGUUACUGAGUGACUUGAGUCUCUGGUGUUACAGACCAUAGACUGUAUUACACAGGUUGUGAGCACAGAUCGCUCUGAUUCCAUCUCAAUUGCAUGUUCGUUAGGAAAUAGUAGAGUUGUUUUAAUAAUGCUCCUGCAAAACUGAGUAUGGGAAACAAAUUUGCUAUAUUUAAAGAAAAAAUAAACUGUUACGGGAGAUUGACUUUGAAUCUUUAGGUACAUUACAUGUGUCACGAAGUUCCCAAAUUUAAUUUAUAACAACCUAGGUCCAAACCCCAUGAUGCUCCGGGCACCGAACCCCCCACAGUGCCUGCUCAGCCUCUUCCACAAGGUGGUAGGUAACUCCGAAAUGUAUUGUAAGACGUGACUCAGUCCUCAGGCGUCAUGGGAGUUCUCUAUUGUCUAAGACUAGGUCUUAAUUCACCAUUGCAACUGAGAGGUAGCGCCUGAAGCACCAUGCCCUAGGCCUCCCCCCUGUAUCCUGUAUAUGGAUACAUACACUGACAGUAUUCCAAAAUGUCUCAAGAAUCAAAAUAUUUAUAAUUGUGAAGAUAAAACUGCUAGAUGAUCUGUGCACCACUGAUGCACUUCAUUGAUGAGUCUGAAUUUACCCAGUGUCAAGCUCUGGAUGCCCUGUUAACAGAUGUUUAACUUAAAAGCCUAAAUUCCUUAGAGUUCAUGUGUAAAAUUAGGAUUAUAUGUAUACUCCACUUGGUAUCUGUCUUUCCAGUUCUCUGUGUGUGUGUAUAUAUAUAUAUGGGAUGUGUGCAUGAGCACACCUGUAUUUUCUGAGAACUCGUAAGUUAUACAAAUGUAAAAAGUUGUUUUGGUAGAGCAAAGCUGAUACAAAACAGAACUGGAUGCUGCUGAAGGAUUGUGAAAUCUCAGACAGCAGACUAAUGUAGUUACUGUCCAUUUAAAGUGAACUUUAUUGAUGUGAUUCUUUUAAUAAUUUGUAUACCAAUGUCUGACGCUAUAACAGACUUCUACUGUCUGCCACUACAUCUUCCUAACGUGCUUACUUAGGUUCUUCCAUUCAAUUGAAAAAGAAAAAAAAAAAAGUCAAAGGUAAAAUUCCACAUAAAGAAACAAGGAAAAGGCUGUUUUUGAGGUCUGGCCUGAGGAUAUUUGCAUUUCCAUUCUACUUUUGUGAAUAUCUGUUAUACAAGAGACAUCUCUGUGCCAGAAAGGAGCACAGGAUCAUUGGAACUCUACUGAUACAAGUGCAAUGGAGUUAUGAAAAAUACCAGUUUCACUGGUAGAAACAACAUAGUAUAAGGCUUAAUCUUUACAUGAUGUGUCAUACACAGGUUUGUAUUUAUGCAUGAUACCCUAGGUAGUUUCACAUCUGAAAUCUCUAAAUAUACAGCAACUUAGGUAUAAUGCUACAGGGAUAGUUAUACCCCCAGUAUUACACACCGCUCCAGGGGAGUGGGCGUGGAGAGGUGCUUUACCACCGUUUCAGCUUGUACCUAUGAGAUUAACAUUUAGGCAGAACUUUUCAAAUUUGCCAAAGACACUCCAGGAGCCACUGAGCUCCCGAGUGGGUGUGAGGGGCUCACCCCACAGGGCUGGGGCGGGGGAGGUGGCGUGGGGGGAGCUUCCCCUGGUGCUCCGGGCACCAAACCCCCCGCAAUGCCUGCUCAGCCUCCUCCACAAGGUGGUAACUCUGAAAUGUAUUGUAAGACAUGACUCAGUCCUCAGGCGUCAUGUGAGUUCUUUGUUGUCUGAGACUAGGUCUUAAUUCACCAUUGCAACUGAGAGGUAGCGCCUGAAGCGCCGUGUGCAAAGCAAAGGGUUUUGUGAUGCCUGGUUAUGCAAUCAGCGGAAGGAGGUACGGCUGUAGUAGUUUAAAUGUUAAUAAAUGAGGUCUGUAGCAGUGCACACUGGUGUAGGCCCUGUAAAUACUCUGAGUAUAAAAUGAAAUGGUAUUGUCUAUGUAUUGCAAAGUUCUCAAGAAGUCCUAGUUUCCAUCACCUAGACUUCGUAAAUGUGCAAAGAACAAACUUGUUACAAGGGUUUUUUUUUUGAUCUUGGAUGACAAAUGUGUGUUUUAUAAAAACACUUUUGGCAUUUUUAAUUCUUUUCAGUUUGACUAAGCUAUGAAUAAUUAUAUGGAUUGUAUGACACUAGAAUUUUCAUUUUUGGUGAAAGUGGUUUUGGUGACCGAUGAAAAUAGUUUUAUUGCCUUUCACAUAAAACUCACUCCAACUCGUGGUGGUUUUGUUGCUGAUGUUUUUGUUUUGUUUUUUUUUUCAACUUGCUAAGUAAGAUUUGAGUUACCUAAUUGUGGUGUUGGAAGAAAUUAUAGAAAAAAGAUUCUCUAGCUGUGUUCAGCAGUUACUUGGUAGAUAUUUUCUUCCCAAUAUUCACAAUAUAAGAGAUUACUCUUGCAUACUAGUUCAGUGGGUUGUUUUGUUUUGAUAUGUCAUUCUAGAAUAUACAUUUCUGGAGGAUCCUCCUUAGCCUCGUUCCAUUUCAUGUUGCCAGAAAAGAACUUAUUCAGAUUUCCUCUAAAUUAGUGUUUCUUCUUUACAAAAAUAAUCAAUAGGGAAAUAAUGUUUCUGCAAUGUGAACAUUAGCUUUUGAGUUAGCAAAUCAAAUAUUCAGUCUGAUAUAGCUGAAUAUUGGACUUAAGUUCCAAAUACUAGUGCAUGGUUUACCAUAGUUCUGUAUUUGGAUUUCUGGCAGAAGCAGGAAUGGAUUUGGGUCCGAUCUGUAAAGUACUGAGUGUUCUACGACUGUUACAAUACCUACUUUAUAUGAUUGCUCUAGGUCCUGGUUUCCAUCCUUCAUAUGAUAUACUUAGUGUGUAUCUUCAUAAGUUUAUUUAUUGAUGUUCCAUGUUUUUAAAUGAAGUGUUUAUUCAUGUGUUUGAGGUAAUUAAUUUUGUCAGCACUGUGUUUGUUAUGUUUGCCUUGCCCCUCAGAACAUUAAAUAUUUGUGUUUGUGACCAUCCAGUAUUUUUUUUGCAGAAUUCCUGGGUUUGUUUGCAUCUUAUUUGGUAUAAUAUGUUUAUUUUAAACUGUCAGUUCUGUUUUAAUAAAUGUAAAUCACUACCCAAUGCUAAUUUGCCACUUGUUAACAAUAAAGCAAAUAUGCCAAUAAAA